AAAUGUUCAUAUUAGUUGCUGACGCCACAUUGUUCACUCAGUACGGAAGAGAACGACAGUAAUGUUUGUCACACAGAAUUUGGUCUUUUAUUUAAGAGAAACUCUUGUCAAAGUUCAUCAUGUGGGACAUUCUGCUGCUCUUUUCCAGCAUCUGUACAGCUGUUGUUGUAGGAGCUGCAGAUACAGUUACAGGACACAGAGGAGAGAGAGUUGAGAUCAGAUGCUCAUAUGAAUCUAGAUAUGAAUCAAAUUCAAAGUAUUUUUGUAAAGGUGAGUGUAUGACUGGAAAUAAAAACAUCAUGGUUAAAUCAGGAUCUCCAGCUAAAGACGAGAGAUUCUCUCUGACUGACGACACGACGAACAGAGUUUUCACCGUCACCAUCACUGAUCUGAGAACAGAGGAUGAAGGACAAUACUGGUGUGCUGUGAAGAGGACUUUACCUUUAACUGAUGUCUAUUCAGAGAUUUUGUUGAAGGUUAAACAUGAUGAAAAGGCCACUGAAGCUUCAAUUAUCAGCUCAUUUUCAGUCAGGAGUGAAUCAGAAAUGAAUCCGUCCAGCAGAAUCACAGACCAUCAGAUCUCCUCAACAGGUGAACGUCUCUCCACAUCUCACCGUCCGUCAGAACAGGAAGUGAAAGGUUUAGUUGUGAUUAUCGUCACUGCAGAGGCUUUGGUUUUACUCCUGAUAGCAGUUCCACUGAUUAUAGUGGCUGUACGAAUGAAAAAUAAGACUAAAGGUCUGCUGUCGUCCGUGGAAGAGUUUAAUCCAGAGUUUUAUGAACAGAUCAGCGACGCUGGACGUCACUGUAAUCCAGAGGACAGAGACACAGAAACAACUGUAUUUUACAGCUGUGGUUCAUAAACUAUAAUAUAGUUAUAGUCUGUUUAUUAGUUCAGUCCUCCCUCGGUCUCUCUCUGUUUGUUUCUCUGGUUUAUAAUUGAUUGUGUUCGUUUGGUUCAGGUGUGGUUUGUUAAUUAGUUCUCCUCAGUUCUGUCUAUUUAAGCCCUCAGUUUCAGUUGGUUUCUUGUUCUGCGUUGUUUGUCGUGAGAGUUUAGUUGGUUGUGUUUCUUUCUCCUGUGUAGCCCUGUGAGUUUCAAGGAUCCCUUGUAUUUGUGAGCUAUCUACUACAGCCAUCUGUGACUAUAAUAUAAUAUAAUAUGCUUUUUUAUUGUGAUUAUCAUUGUUGCUGCAGUUUUACAGUUGAUGCUGAUAUGUUUACAGCUGAUUUUCAUGAUUAUGGAUAAUAUAAGUAUAAUAAAUGUAUUAUUUUUUAGAGCUGAAUGUCUCAUCAUGAAGAUUCUGCAGUUUAAUGGACAAAUUAGUUGUUAUUAUUAUUAGUAGUAGUAGUAGUAUGUGCAUGUAUGUCUGUAGUUAUUAAAGUGUAUAUUGUCAAGUUUAGUCUGUUUUGGUUUGGUUUUCAAACACUUUUGUGUCCUGUGUUCCCGCUCAUCAUUUGUUGUCAUGGUUAUUCAUUACGUUAUUUAAUUAGUGCACACCUUCUUUCAUUUGAGUUGGUUAUCUUGUGUAUUUAAGACCUUCAGUUCUCUGUGUUCAUUGUGUCGGUUGUGUUUUAGCACACACUGUCACAUGGAUAUCUCAGUUAUUAAAGCUUUGCUGUUAUUUGAACUCUCA